UUCUAUUCAACCUUGUUGCAGUAAUAGUACCAGUUAAUGCUGUUCCUCUCCUCUCUCUCUCCCUCCCUCCCUCCCUCUCUCGUCUCUCUGUGUGUACACACAAACAUACCACAGCUUUCCUGCAGUUCACGCUAAAGUCACAUGAAACUGAGGCAGUGGAAUAGCGGGAAAUUGGCCUGUUGAUGUCAAAAGGCCUUAUUAUGCUCACCAGAAUACUGAUUCUAUAAAGUAAGGGAGAAUUUUGAUUAUGCGGAUAUGUCAAGUAAGGUGGUAGGUUGCUUUGUCAUCCACCAUCAUGGAGAGCAACGAAAGGAAUACAGAGAACAUGUUUCCAAAUGGAGAUGUUUAUUUAGGUGAAUUAAAAGGGAUGCUACCUCAUGGAAAUGGUAGAUACACUUGGUCGAAUGGAACAGUUUAUGACGGUGAUUGGGACAGUGGAAAUCUGACUGGUAAGGGAAAGAUUAUUUGGCCUUCUGGGGCAUCUUAUGAGGGUGAUUUCUCCAGGGGUUAUUUUCAUGGUUGUGGAACUUUAAUUAGUUCAAACGGUUCUGUUUACAAAGGCUCCUGGAAGUUGAAUGUUCAGCACGGGAUUGGAGAAAAACAGUACCAAAACUCAGAUGUUUACGAAGGUUUAUGGAAAGAGGGGAUACAUGAAGGCAGCGGUAGAUAUGCUUGGAGUAACGGUGACAUUUAUAUUGGUACCUGGAAAUCAGGUAAAAUGUGUGGUAGAGGGGUUAUGCAAUGGUCGAAUGGCGAUCUCUUUGAUGGCUUUUGGUUAAAUGGGUUAAGGCAUGGGUCUGGUUUCUAUAGGUUUGAAGAUGGAGGUUACUAUUUUGGGACAUGGACCAAAGGCGUAAAGGAUGGAAGAGGUCAGUUCUAUCCGGCAGGAAGUAAACGCCCAUCUCUCUCGAAAUGGUGUAGCUUUGGGUUGCACGAUGAUGAUAAGGAGGGAUCAAUCUCUCGUAGUUCAUCUAUCAAGUCAGAAUGCAGGGCUAUUAAACCUAAGGUUAAUCGCAGUCUUUCUGAGAAGUUCUCAUUUGAUGGAUUUUUUAGGGGUUCAGGUCGUAUAUCACAUAAGAGUAUAUCAUUGGAGGAGAAUUGGAGCCUUAGUCAUUCUAUGAGAGAAGCUGCACACUGCCACACAUCCUGCUUGUUAUCUAGUAAAUCUGAUAAAUUUCAAAAUGAGGUGCAGAAUAGUGGUUCUGUAGUUUAUGAAAGAGAAUACAUGCAAGGGGUUUUGAUCAAACAAAGAGUUAUAAAUAGUGAAGGUCUUUCUAACAGUAGUAAAGAACGGUCUAAGACAAAGGAAGCAAAAAUAAAGUCGUGUGCGAACACAUAUGAAGACCAAAGAAGCUAUUUUUUGAUGCUGAAUCUGCAACUUGGCAUUAGGUAUACUGUUGGAAAGAUUACGCCGGUGCCUGUGCGUGAAGUGCGAUCCUCUGAUUUCGGAGAGCAGGCUAGAAUAAGAAUGUAUUUUCCUAGAAGGGGAUCCCAAACAACUCCACCACAUUACUCCCUUGAUUUUUACUGGACGGAUUACUGCCCUAUGGUUUUUCGGAAUUUGAGGGCGAUGUUCAAGCUAGAUGCUGCUGAAUACAUGAUGUCAAUAUGUGGAUAUGAUGGCUUAAGAGAGAUUUCUUCACCCGGAAAAAGUGGCAGCAUUUUCUAUCUCUCUCACGAUGACAGAUUUGUGAUUAAAACCUUGAAAAGAUCCGAGCUGAAGGUUCUACUUAAGAUGCUACCUAGCUACUAUGAUAAUGUGAAGGAGCACGAAAACACCCUUAUAACAAAGUUUUUUGGAGUUCACCAAAUAGCAUGGAAGGCUGGACGAAAGAUACGCUUUGUUGUCAUGGGGAAUAUGUUCUGCACUGAAUUGCGUAUACAUCGUCGUUAUGACCUGAAGGGUUCAUAUCAAGGAAGAGUUACCAGUAAAGUUGAGAUUACAGAAAAUACCACAUUUAAAGACCUCGAUCUGCCUUAUGAAUUCCACAUGGACAAACUGUUGCGUGAGUCACUUAUGAAACAAAUAUCCCUCGACUGCAUGUUCCUGGAGUCUCAGCAAAUUAUUGAUUAUAGCCUUCUACUGGGGUUACAUUUCCGAGCUCCUGAGCAUCUGAAAGCCCUUUUGGAAACUCCAGGAUCCUUGCACAAGCCAGAGCAUACAUUUGCUAAGCAUGGCGCAAUCUCCCAGAAUGAACUAUUGAUACCUCCAAAGGGACUUCUACUUGUGACCCAUGAACCCAACUUCGUAAGCACUCAACCAGGUCCUCACAUUAGAGGAAAUACUUUGAGAGCAUUUUCUGUGGGUGAGCAGGAGGUGGACCUUCUUUUGCCUGGUACUGCAAGAUUACGAGUCCAAUUAGGAGUGAACAUGCCAGCUCAAGCCAACCACAAGCUUCAGCAGGAUGGCGACGAUUCAUCAGAAGCUGAACUUUUUGAGGUUUAUGAUGUGGUUCUCUAUCUCGGCAUAAUUGAUAUACUGCAAGAAUACAACCUGAAAAAGAAACUGGAACAUACAUAUAAAUCAUUGCAAUACGACCCUAUGUCAAUAUCUGUCAUCGAACCCAAGUUAUAUUCAAAACGCUUCAUAAAUUUUCUCGAAAGAGUCUUCCCACUUGAGCCUUAAGAUGAGUAGUACUCUUCCUCUUCAUCCAUAUCUAAUUCUGCAUCUCUUGCUGUAUUUUCUUAGGGGCCGUUUGGUUCAUGGUUAACGAGCCCAGUUAACGGGAAUUGGAACCUCAUCCCCAUACAUCGUGUUUCGAUUGGCAAAAUUUUUGUGUGAAAUGGGAACCUCAUUCCCUCCACAUCCCUUGGGUUACCCUUUCCCAUACCCCCAUUCCCGUACCUCUUAUUCGCAUUCCCGAUUCCCAUUCCCACCAACCAUCCAAACACCCCCUUAGUCUUUUGCAGCAUGUAGGCCCAAUUUACAAGCUGUUAGCAUUCUGGGGUUUUAUGUAUAUCAAUAAUUCAUGAUAAAUACAUGCAUGCACCACUGAGUGUUGCAGCAGUUUGUCUGGUGAGAUUGUCUAAUUUUAAGCUCUGUUUCAUAUACCAACAACAUGGUGCUCAGCAAAUUAUAUCUUAGUCUUAUCUGUUGAGUGAAAAUAGGUAAAUGGCCUGUAUAUUCAUUUAUAUUUGUCUUUAUUAAGUGUUUCCGUGA